CUUGACCUCAGUAACAGAGACAUCCUUUUCGGGCAGACUGAAGUUCAUUGACAUGGCUAAGCUUCCUUUUAUGACGGGUCGUUACAAGUGGUUUCUGAAGGUUCUGUCAGUGUGUGCAGAGUUUAAGGGUGAGGACCCAGAUGCAGAAUGCAGGAGACCGACUUCAGCAAAAGAAUACAACAUCACUACUGAUAAUCCUGCUCUUUUGGAGAAGACUGGCAUCGAGAAAAGUGCUGACAAAAAAGUUAAAAUCUACACUCCAGUGAAGACACACUUCUACAAUGAAAAAUCAAGCAAGCUUCCCUUUAUGGCGGGUUGUUACGAGUGGUUUUUUAAGGCCCUGCCAGUGUGUGAGUGUAAGAGUGAAGACCCAAAUGCAGAACACAGGAAACCAACUUCAAAAAAAGGAAACGGGCUUCUCUGUCCUGUGUAUAAUUGGAUGUACCCUGAAGCAGACCGAAAAAAUAAAGACUGUAAGGUGUUUAAUGAUCCCAUCCAUGGCCACAUUGAGUUACACCCACUUCUUGUCAGGAUCAUAGACACCCCUGAGUUCCAAAGACUACGAUACAUCAAGCAGCUUGGGGGGGGAUAUUUUGUUUAUCCAGGAGCAUCACACAACCGCUUUGAACACUCUAUUGGGGUGGCUCACUUAGCAGGAAAGCUUGCUGAAGCUCUGAAGUCCAAGCAGUCAAAGGAGUUGGAUGAGAUAGAGGAGAAAUUGAAGGAGGAAGAGACUGAAGAGUUGAAGUCCAAGCAGGCAGAGUUGAAGAAAUCACUCAUCAGUGACCGAGAUGUGCUUUGUGUGCAAAUUGCAGGUCUCUGCCAUGACAUGGGACACGGGCCUUUCUCUCAUGUGUUUGAUGGAAUGUUCAACCCUGAAGCAGACCCUGAAGCAGACCCAGAACAUGAAGACUGGAAGCAUGAGGAUGCCUCUGUAGCGAUGUUUGAUCAUCUGGUGAAGAACAAUAGUCUGGAACAAGAGAUGAAGGAUUAUGGGCUAGAACUCCCAACUGACCUGACGUUCAUCCAGGAGAUGAUUAAACCUGAAAAGAGUGAUGGCACUAAGUGGCCGCAUAAAGGUCGAGACAAGGAAAAAACCUUUCUCUAUGAAAUUGUGUCAAACAAGCAAAACGGGAUUGAUGUGGACAAGUUUGACUACUUUGACAGGGACUGCCACCACCUGGGUAUCAAAAACAACUUUGACCAUCAGCGCUUCAUCAUGUUUGCCAGGGUGUGUGAGGUGGAAGGGCAGAAACAUAUUUGUUCUAGAAAAAAGGAAAUGACAAAUCUGUAUGGCAUGUUCCACACAAGGGACUCUCUCCACAGAAGAGCUUACCAGCACAGAGUCACCAAGAGUGUAGAGAUUAUGAUCAAAGACGCCCUCUUAAAAGUACAUAAGCACCCAUGCUUCAAAAUUAAAGGGAAGACUUUCGAUCUCGCCAAAGCUAAAAAGGACAUGGAGGCCUAUGCCAACCUGACAGAUCAAGUGAUUGAACAAAUACUCCACCAUGGUCCUUGUUCUUGUUCAAAUGAAUCCACCCCAUCUCCUCUGCAGGAAGCAGCUCAGAUUCUGCAGAGAAUCAUGUGUCGUGACUUGUACCAGUGUGUGGGUGAACUCAAGGUCAAGGGAAACGAGCAGGAGAAAAUAGAGAAAAUCAAGGAAACUUUGAAAAAGGAACUGGCUAAAGCCAUUCCUAAGGAUGGAAAACAGGAUGAACAAGACAACUUUGAAAUUUUUGUUGCCAAAUUUGACUAUGGGAUGAAAAAUGAGGACCCCAUCAGUGACUAUACAUAUUUCUACGAGAAGUCUAACCCUACCGUGGGAUUCAAGAUCCCCAAAGAAGAGAUGUCCGAUCUUCUCCCAAAACACUUUUCUGAGAAGAUCAUCAGGGUUUACUGGAAGAAAGAUGAUAAGAGUCUGGAGAAUGCCAAGAAGUGCUUCAGUAAUGUGAAAAGCAUGUGUUGGGCAAGUAAACAGGAGGAGAACAAUGACGACAGCAAAGACACUCCAGGAGAUGCCCAGGGAAUCUGAAGAAAUAUUCGGAGUUUUUGUGCUACUGCAGAGAUUUUUUAAUGGGAAUUUAAAUCAGUAAACUUUGUUUAUUUUAAAAUAUCUUGUGAUUUUUAGUUUAAAUAUUAACUGUGAUUUACUUUGGAAAUUAAAUAUAAAUAAUGGAUUUACAUACUGAAUGAUUUCUAAAUCAUUUACUUCUCUGGUUGAUGUAGUUUUGUGGCUGACAUGGCUGUUUUACUUCCUUAAGUAUGUAUCAGUAUAAAGUAAGAAUUUAAACUCUAAAAUAAGCCAUUUAUUGAAUAAACUGUGUGUCACCUAUUUUUACUAUAUAUUCAAACUAAAUAGCUCAACCUGGAUCAAUAUACGAUUAAGAUGGGCACUGGGUCCUGUUGUGAUUUGCGGAUUGUGUGAAAAUGAAUUUGUUAUUGUGU